AUGAAGCUGGACAAGAGCGAGGUGGCAACUCUAGGCCUACCCUCCACCACCAGCCAUGGAGGCUCUGACAGCAACAUCAGCGCGGAAGGAGCGGCGGCAGCGUCUGGGGUCACGGCCGGGGGUGCUGAGUGUUCGGGGGCCGGCGAGCCGCAGAGGACGCGCGCUGCUCUGGAGCACCUGCAGCAGAAGAUUCUGAAGGUCACGGAGCAGAUUCGCGUGGAGCAGGAGGCCCGAGACGACAACGUUGCAGAGUACCUGAAGUUGGCCCACAACGCAGACAAACAACAGGCGUCCCGGAUCAAGCAGGUGUUUGAGAAGAAGAACCAGAAGUCGGCACAGACCAUCGCACACUUGCACAAGAAGCUAGAGCACUAUCACAAGAAGCUGAAGGAGAUAGAACAGAAUGGACCAGCCCGGCAGCCUAAGGAUGUCCUGCGGGACAUGCAGCAAGGAUUAAAGGACGUCGGGGCCAACGUUCGUGCUGGGAUAAGUGGUUUUGGAGGUGGCGUAGUCGAAGGGGUCAAAGGUGGAGUGUCUGCCCUCACUCACACAGCUGUGGUCUCCAAGCCAAGAGAGUUUGCCAGUCUUAUCAGGAACAAGUUUGGCAGCGCGGAUAACAUCGCUCACUUAAAGGACACACUUGAGGACGGAGUCGGGGGCCACUCUGAGGACGCCCCCACACCUCGUGCCCUGAGUGGAAGUGCCACUCUGGUCUCCAGCCCAAAGUACGGCAGCGACGACGAGUGCUCCAGCGCCACGUCCGGCUCCGGAGCGGGUAGUAAUUCUGGGGGUGCAGGGGGAGGAGGAGGAGGAGCAGGAGGAGGGUUACUAGGACCAACGAUGGGGAGUCCCAGACUGGACGGGCACCACCACCACCACCAUCACAUGCACAGCUCUUGGGACUCUCUACUUGAGGGUCUGCAGGAGAUCAAAGCCAGCCAGGCGCACAUGGAGGACGCCAUCGAGGACAUGAAGGGCCAGCUGCAGAGUGACUACUCCUACAUGACACAGUGCCUGCAAGAAGAGAGAUACAGGUAUGAGCGACUUGAAGAGCAGCUGAAUGACUUAACAGAGCUGCACCAAAACGAGAUGACGAAUCUUAAACAGGAACUCGCCAGCAUGGAGGAAAAAGUCGCCUACCAGUCCUACGAGCGAGCGAGGGACAUUCAGGAGGCCGUGGAGUCGUGCCUGACCCGCAUCACCAAGCUGGAGCUGCAGCAGCAGCAGCAGCAGGUGGUCCAGUUGGAGGGAGUGGAGAACGCCAAUGCUCGAGCUCUGCUCGGUAAACUCAUCAACGUCAUCCUGGCGCUCAUGGCCGUGCUGCUCGUCUUCGUCUCCACCUUGGCCAACUUCAUCACCCCGCUGAUGAAGACGCGAGCCCGGGUGGCCGCCACCGUCCUGCUGACCUUGCUGCUGUUCGUCCUGUGGAAGCAGUGGGACUUUGUGGAGCCGUGGCUGCUGCCCAGCUGAGCUCCCCGCCUGAGAGGGACUCCAGAGCGGAGACGCUGGUUUCAACUCUGUCGCCGCCGCUGAAGGAUGCAGGGACUGAAAUAGAAUAAGAGCGACUGCAAUUGUUCCCUUUGAGCGUGAAAGUGGAGCAUCUGAGGACAAAACAUGGCCCUUUUAGUUGAGGAGCGGACACGAUCCGGCCAACGUGAGAGGUGUUUACAGUGAGAAAGAACAGAAAUUCUCUGGCUGCCAAGCAACAAAAGGCAUCAUCUCAUCUCGCCCAAAUCUGUUGGUGUUGAUGGCCAAUCACCGAUUGCGUUGCUGUCACCAAAAAACUGAGUUUCUUGGAAGAAACCUUUGGAUCGUCUUUUUUAAUUAUUUAUGAUACAUGAAUUACAAGGUCUAGAGAAACUUAUACUGACUUUAAAACGCUGAUCAUGUUCGCUGUAACCUUCAUGUUGAAGCUAUAGGAAAAGGUUUUUUUUUCAUGAAUGUUAUGUGCUCAUGCAUGUCCUCAUAUGUGCACUAAGAUGCAUCUAGCUGGCAUGAGUUAACAUUUCAUUAAUGACUAAAUGAAUCUUCUAUAACUGCCAUUUUGUUGUCAGAAAUACAGUGCAGAUAUGUUGUAUCGCAGCAUCCCUGGUUUGUUUCACAUGCUGUUCUGGUGUUGAAGCAGUGCUUUUAGAUGCAUUUCUUUCUUUUCUGUCUUUUUGUUGAAGUCGAAUGAACUGUUAAAAAAGAAAACAAAAACUGAUAUCCGCAGGAAACUCACCAUAAUAAUUCAACUACAUAAAAUCUGUUCUGUCCAUAAAUGCUCUUUCAUAACCACUAUUGUAGAACUGCUACUAUCCACAGUG